AUGAUCCUCGUGUCGCAGGCCCUCCGUCAGGUGCCGUGCGAGAAGUACGACGGCGUCCUCCGCGACUGGUUCAAGCAGCACGCCGACUUCUUCAUGAACAGCCCGCAGGGCAAGAGCGCAUCGACGUACCCGAACAACGUCGGCAUGUGGUAUGCCGCUGGACUCGCGACGCACCUCGCAUACGCCGACCCGGCCCAGGCGACGACGUACGCUCGCCAGGCGAUGAGCCAGCAGAUGGCCCGCACGCCUUCCGAGUUCUUCGCGCACGAGCUCAAGCGCACCCGCCCGCGACACUAUGUCCUCUUCGCCCUCGAGGCCAUCUUCAUCCUCGCCGGCGAGAUCAGCGGCGACCCGUCCCAGGCCCCGCCGCCCGAAGUGUGCCAGUGGCUCGCUAGCUUGGUGCAGUACGCGCGCUCGGUCCGUCCCGGAGCCAUGGAGGCGGAGCGCGAGGCGGACAACCGAUACCAGCCCGAAAUUGCCUGGUUCGACCGCCAGCUCGCGCGCUGGACCGGCAAGCAGGUCUCCGAGGCCGACCCCGACGGAAGCGGAUGGGAGGGAGGUUGGAACCAGAAGAGCAAGCUUGCUUGGCAGAUGAUCUAA